GUCCGGGGCACCUGCGAGGAUUUGGAGAAGGACUACUUCCGCCUCACGUCCGCGCCGGACCCGGCGACGGUGCGGCCCGCGCGCGUCCUCGAGGCCGCGCUCAAGGCGCUCAAGGCGCGGUGGCGGUCCGGCGACGUCGACUACCUCUGGAUGUGCAAUCAGCUCAAGGCCGUGCGCCAGGACCUCACGGUGCAGUGCGUCAAGUCGAAAUUCACGAUCAACGUCUACGAGACGCACGCGCGCGUCGCGCUCGAGUCGGGCGACGUCAACGAGUACAACCAGUGCCAGACGCAGCUCCGCGAGCUCUACGGUCUGGGCCUCGGCGGCGGCCACGAGAUGGAGUUCACGGCCUACCGCAUCUUCUACGCGCUCUUCCUCAACGUCUCCGGCUCCGCGGACGACGGCUCCGCGGAGCUCCUCAAGAUCCUCAACGAGAUGCCGGCCGAGGCCUGGGCCGACGCCGCCGUGGCCCACGCCCUGAACGUGCGCGAGGCGCUGGCGUUGGGCAACUACGCGGCCUUCUUCCGCCUCCACGAGACCGCGCCGAACAUGGGCGCCUACGUCCUCGACACCUUCGCGGACAAGGUCCGCGUCGACGCCGCCGCGAAGAUCCUCCGCGCGUACCGCCCGACCAUCGACCUCGCCACCCUCGCGGCGCGCCUCGGCUUCGACGACGAAAACGACUGCAAGGCCUACGUGACGAAGCUCGGCUUCCUCUUCGACGACGCGGGCGCCGUCAAGUGCAAGGAGUCC